ACACAGACGCGCUUCAGCUUCCAGUGAGAUAAACUUUACCACAGACUCUUGUAUCAGACAGAAGAAUCCAAACAUUUUCAGUGAACUCUAUAAAAACUGCUGCCAGAGAUUGGGAUAAACUGCUCAAGAAGGACUCAAAGCCAACGCGCCCUUUCCAAAUGGAGCCAACGUCGGAAUACACCGAGACAUACGAUUACUACGAUACUGGCUAUAAUGACUCUGGGUGUGACUACUCGGAGUGGGAGCCGUCUUACUCUCUCAUUCCCGUGCUGUACAUGCUCAUUUUUAUCCUCGGUUUGUCCGGGAACGGCGUGGUUAUCUUCACCGUGUGGCGCGCGAAAUCCAAAAGGCGCGCGGCAGAUGUUUAUAUCGGCAACCUGGCGCUCGCGGACCUGACGUUCGUCAUCACGCUGCCGCUGUGGGCUGUGUACACCGCGCUGGGCUACCACUGGCCAUUUGGCGUGGCUCUCUGCAAGAUCAGCAGCUACGUGGUGCUGGUCAACAUGUACGCCAGCGUCUUCUGCCUGACCUGUCUGAGUUUUGACCGCUACCUCGCCAUCGUCCACUCUCUGUCCAGCGGCCGGCUCAGAUCCCGUGCCACCAUGCUGGCAUCGCUGGGUGCCAUCUGGUUCCUCUCAUGCCUGCUGGCGGUUCCCACGCUUCUCUUCCGCACUACAGUAGACGACACUGGGAGCAACCGCACCACCUGUGCCAUGGACUUCAGCUUGGUCACUCUCAAUCAGGAUCACGAAUCCCUCUGGAUUGCAGGACUGAGCCUUUCCUCCUCCGCUCUCGGGUUUCUUCUGCCUUUCCUGGCCAUGACCGUCUGCUACUGCUUCAUCGGCUGCACAGUCACCCGCCACUUCAGCCACCUGCGCAAGGAAGACCAGAAAAAGCGGCGUCUCCUCAAAAUCAUCACCACACUAGUGGUGGUCUUCGCUUUCUGCUGGACGCCUUUUCAUGUGCUGAAGAGUAUGGAUGCGCUGUCCUACCUGGACCUGGCGCCCAACUCCUGCGGGUUCCUCCACUUUUUGCUUCUGGCUCAUCCAUACGCCACAUGCCUGGCGUACGUCAACAGCUGCCUCAAUCCGUUCCUCUACGCCUUCUUCGACCUGCGGUUUCGUUCGCAGUGCCUGUGUCUGCUGAAUCUGAAGAAGGCUAUGCAUGGGCACAUGAGCUCCAUGUCCUCCACCCUCAGCGCCCAGACUCAGAAGUCAGAGGUGCAGUCGCUGGCCACCAAAGUGUGAUUAAGAAGAAUCAAAAGCAUGAGGACAAAACUCUGGGGGUGAAAAGUGACGGCUGGUCCGUCCUCGUGGACGUAUAUUUCUUUAUGCUUGUAAAUAACACUCAUAGUUUGGUGUACUCUACUGUAUUGAUCGAUGAGUGGAUGCGAGUAUGAAUUUAUGUUCGCUGACGUCUAUUUUUUGGCUUUGACACUCAAAAACGCACACAAAAAACUAUCCAAGCAAAAAAAAAAAAAAAAAAAA